UUCCGCUCCAGCUGUCCACUCUUCCCCUCCUCACCCACCCACCACCAUCACCAGUAAUGGCGUCGGAAACCCUCCAAACCCUCCUUCCUCCGCCGCCGGCCGAGGAAGCGCCGACGACGACGGUCGCCGCCCUCACCGACGACACCCUCCGCAACAUCCUCCACCGCCUCGCCCCCGCCGACCUCCUCCGCGCCGCCCUCGCCUGCCACCGCUGGCGCCGCGCUGCCGCACGCUGCGCCAAGGGCGCGCCUCCCCCACUCCUCGGCUACUUCUUCCACCCGGCCGACACGCCCCCGCCGGUGCACUUGCCCUUCUCGGCGUCCAGGGGCCGCCUCCACCCCGCCGCCGUCUCCCCCGUCGACGCCUCCUCCUCCUCCUCCCCGCGCCUCUCCCUCGACUACCUCGGCGGGACCAAGGGCUUCAUCAUCUACGACGUCUACCUCGGCCUCGUGCUCCUCCUCCCGACCUCGCUCCCGUCCGGGACCCUCCCCCGCAUCCUCGUCCUCGACCCUGCCUCCCGCCGCCGCGCGCUGCUCCCGCAGCCCCCACGCGACGCGCUGCCGGGCGACCGCUGGCGUGGCCGUCGGCACAUCGUCGGCGCCGCCGUGCUCUCGCGCGCGCACCCGAGCAGGCUCUGCUUCGACGCCGUCUGCCUCACCGUCGACGACAAGCACCCGCGCGCCUGGGUCGCGUCCUACCGCGACGGCGAGUGUAGCUGGAGGGCGCUCCCGCGGGACACCGGAGUCACGGUCGCGUUCGACCCCUACUGGUUCGAGGGCCGCUGCGUGCACGCCGCGGGGGACAUCUACUGGCACAUCUGCCACUCCGGCCGCCUGCUCAAGCUCGACCCUGCCACGCUCAGCUUCUCCUACCUGCUAGCGCCGUCCGAGCUGGGGGACAGCAACAAGAAGUUCCGAAUCGGGGAGACGCCGGAGGACGGGCGGCUGGGCAUGGCGACCGUGGAGGACCAGGAGAUGCAGUUCUGGGUGCGCGGGGAGGCCAGCGGGAGCGACAACGGUUGGUUUCUGAGGAAGAGGAUGAACAUGCGCAAGGUGCUCGACACCAUCCCGGGGUUGCCCAGGGACAUGAUGAGCCGUAUCAUCUCCAUCUGGCUCAGCGACAUCGACUCAGGGCGCACCGGGAAGCUGUUCAUCAAGACACAGGGGUAUGGGCGCUACUCCUUCCAUAUGGAUACCGGCAAGCUGGACCGAUUGGCUACUGAAGAUGGAAAGGAGUAUGGCCACCCCAUCUACGCCUACUACGUGGCCUGGCCUCCUGCCUUCCUCGCUCCAGAAUUGGAGGGUGAUGAUUACUGAGACAAGGUUACCAGCCAACUCACUCCCUUCCUUUUCUGGGUCACCAAUGCCAUUCCUGAUUCACUCAUGAGUCCUUACCGAGCAGUGAGCACGCGAGGAAUUUUUGAGGACCUUAUUCUGCAUGAGACUAACUAAUUCCCAGUAGUUCUAUGCUGUCAUUUAAGCAUACUUCAACUAGAUUAAGAGAUUAAGACAGUGGGAUGGCAUUGCACAUUAUGCUGGUUUUUGGCGAGCCGUGGUUUGAAUAUGAUAUUAUUAUCUCCUGCAUGCUUUGGUUUAUUUCAUAUUUGUUUGCCGUGCCAUGGUAGAAACUGGAAAUAGCUUAAAUUUGUACCGAGUUUGUCGAGCACGUUGGAUUUGCUGGGGUAAACUCUGUAGCUUCCAUUUAAACAACAGGUCUUGAUUGGAUCUUUCCAGCUUUA